UGGGUUAAGCAUUCGAGGGCGGGUCUGCCAAUUUGCAGUAUUAUUUUACGUCGACCUGUACAUUAUUUGAUAUAGUUGGUUAAGUAACUAACUGAAAAGCUAAAUACGGCUCUCUAAUAAUAUGUGAGCUACCAGAGAUUAUACUAUUUUCAGGCACAUGUGGGAGUGAUUGGAGUUGAGCAGUAAAUGAUGUUUUAUCAGCCUCUUACUCAAGCUUGUGCCAGUGAAAACCCAAAGGUACCUGAGGAGACUGCAGUAGAACUGAGGCAGAGGUCUCAUACUACUUGUAGUAGCAGUUUACAUAGGAAUGUUGCCAUAUGUGAAAAAGAUGACGAAGUGUUCAGGCCCAAAAGUUGGACACGUCCAAGUGACGCACUCUCCAAGAUUGAUGAAAAAGAAGAAAUCCAAGAUCCAAGGGGAGAAUAUAAGUUAUGUGGUUACCUGUAUAAACAUAACUCAUAUGGCAAAAAGACCCCUGUUCCUGGUUUGAGAGGUUUUGGAAGUUCUGCCAAGAAGAGGUGGUUUGUUUACUCUGAUCAUGUCUGCAAGUUGUAUUAUUACAAACAGAAGAAUGAUUCUGAACCCUUAGGCUCUAUAGACAUUGCACUCGCAACAUUCCUCUUUGAUCCAGAGAAUAGAAAUGAAGGGCUGUUUACCAUUAGAUGUGGUAAUGAUGAAGCAAUACUUGAAGCCUCCUCAUCCCAAGGUCGUAUGUAUUGGCUACAGCAACUGCAGGCAGCCAGAAGAGAAUUCAGUCAGAGGCGCACAGCCACUAAGACACCUGCCAGCCGAACUACUUCAACUGGGCGUCCAGAAAUGGGUCUGAUUCAAGAUGAAAAAAGCACUCCAUUACCAGUCCCAGAUCCACACAAAGAUCUAAUGAGACCGGUGACAAGGCCAAGUGAUGAGGAUGACAAAAACACACCUUUGAAGCCUCCUACAACUCUUAUGGAUGCUCGACAAGUUUUAUCCAACAUUCUACCCAGUACUCAAAGGAAAAUCUUUAGAACAAGUAGUGAAUCUUCCAAGUCACCCACUAGCCCAUUGGCUUCACACCACAGUCCGUUUUCUUCACCAUCUAUAGAAGACUUAACCUUCGGAAAUUUAAGUAGGAAGCUUCGCGGCUCUUUUAGGAGUAAAAGGUCUUCUUCCUUUGAAGGACGGGAAGGAUUGGACGUCACACCUUUACAUAACACAAAGCUUAAUUGUAGGAGAUGUGAGGAGCUUUGUGGUGAACUCAAAUCAGCUAAAGAGGACCUUAGUGCAACCCAGGAUGAAUAUAAGGCCUCACGUGAAAUUAUAGAUCUGUUGCAGAAGGAGCUUGAUGCUCUUCAUCAAGAGAAAAGCACUUUAAUUCACUUGGAUCGUAGUGAUUUAACAGACGGGCAUGUUAUAGAAAUACUGCGAAGCAAAGAUCAUCAUAUUGUUCAUUUAGAACACGAGAAUCAAAAGUUAACGAAUGAUAUUGCACGACUGAAUGAACAGUUGUCCGGUGCCCAUUCACAUGAGGAACACCUCGUGGAGAAGCUCUCUAUGCUAUACUCUCUUAUUGAAGCCAAAGAUAAAGCCAUUGUAAGUUUAACUCAUCAAGUAGAAGCUGGUGCCAAUGAGAAUCGUCCCAUGUCCCUUCCUCCUGUUUUGAACUUCAAGACGUUGGAAACAAUUACUCGCGGAACCCAAACUAACGAUGAAGAAGACUCUUUGAAAGAUGCCUUGGAAGCGUACAGAUUUCAAAAUUCCUACUUGAAUAAGGAAAUACUGGAACUGAAUUUACUCCGGAAACAAACAUCUGAAAGAGAACAGAAGUUGAUAACCGAGUCCAGUGAGUGGGAAGCAAAAUUCUAUCAGAUUCAAAGCAAAUAUUUGUUGCUUUUGAAUGAACUACACUCUCCAAGAGCUGCACAACAUGAUCACUCUGUUGUAUCUCAAUUAUUACAGGAUGUUGUAGAAGCUCAUGGAUCCCCUGAUCUGAGAGUCAUACACAACAAAGGACGUGAGUAUGAUGAGUAUGGAUUCUGCAACACUGCCCCUGAAGAAGGAACGCUGCAUUCUAAAGCAGCAUACUUACAAAAACAGUCAAUGGCACUUGCAAAUCAAGUUCAGCAAAAUGGUAAUUCUUGGGAAGAGAGAUGGGAGAGCUUCUUAGCUGGGACAAGUGCAAAAGAGCUCCCAACUUGCCCUGAAUUGAAGUAUCUUAUUCGAGGAGGUAUUCCUUACCAGUAUAAGGGUAAAGUUUGGCGACUGCUGAUUGAUGCUCAGGUGGCUCCAUUGAAAGCAGCAGUGCCAUCAAAUUAUUACCAAGAUUUGUUAGCUCGACGAGCAUCAACAGCAACUCUUGACCCAGCAGCCAAGCAGAUUGAACUUGACCUUCUUCGUACACUUCCAAACAACCGACAUUAUGAGUCCUUUCAUUCAGAUGGCAUUGCAAGGCUAAGGAGAGUUCUUUUGGCAUUUUCACGCCAUAAUCUUCAAGUUGGGUACUGUCAGGGUUUGAAUCGCCUUGCUGCAAUAGCUCUGCUGUUCUUAAAUGAAGAGGAUGCCUUUUGGUGUCUUGUAUAUAUAGUUGAGUACUUAAUGCCUCCAGAUUAUUAUAACAAAAAUCUUCUUGGAUCACAAGUAGAUCAACGUGUGUUGAAAGAUCUUGUUGCUGAGAAGCUGCCUCGGUUGAAUGUACACUUUGAUCGUCAUGGGCUUGACAUCUCUCUGUUUACCUUCAACUGGUUUCUCUGCAUUUACAUCGACAUAAUUCCUCCUGUUACUUACCUCACCAUUUGGGAUUCAUUUUUAUAUGAAGGUUCUAAGGUAUUAUUCAGAUAUGCCCUUGCCAUAUUGAAGCUGUGUGAAGAGGGAGUGCUUGAACGUUGUGACUACAUGGAGAUUUUUUCAUUUUUACGCUCGGUGCCAGAGCCCAUCACAGAUAUCCCUAGGCUUCAAGAGGCUGCUUUCCAUUGGGUCAAUCCUCUAUCCAUGAAGUACCUCAGGAACAGAAGAUCUCACCACACCAAGAUUGUCAAAGCUGAAUUGGAGGAAGUGGAAGCUGUUCGAAGGAGUUAUCAUCUUGCAAAAAAGAAGUCUUCAGUCGAAGUCCCAGUCAGCAGUCCUCAGAUAAAUUCCCCACCCACAUCUGGGGAUGAAGGUGAUGAAGAUGCAGGAGGAACUCAGAAAGGACCAUUGGAUACUUCUACUUCGGCAGUGGAAACUGAUCUGCACAAUUUGCAGUUGCAAGAUCCCAAUGAAGAAAUGCCUCAAGAGGAAGUCACUCAUAUUUAGUAUUAUACUGUAUUACAGUCUUUGGAGGUUGAUUUUCAUAAGAUGAAGAUUGGACCAAGAUAGCUUUUGAAACUGGAGGUAUGUUCUUUGUUUCUUUUUAAGAGCAUUUGUAAUAUAUAUUUAUAUAUUGUUACCUUCUAUAAUCAGAAUGUAUAUUUGAGUACUUUUUAUAUUCAUAAAUCAUUGCACAGUUGUAUUAUAAGCUUCAAGUGCAGUUGAUUUCUUUGUCAUAUAUAUGUAGGAUCCAUCACAAACCUACAUUUUUUCUAAUAGUCUGAUAAGUAGUUUACUUACUUUUGCUCAAGAUUAGCACCAAAACAGUUUUAGCACAAGAAGCAAAUUAUGGGUUGAAAAGCCGCACACUGUCUGCAACUUGUGUUUGUUGUAAAAUUUGUCAGAAAAGUAUUUCAGGUGAUGUUUAUGCUUUUGUUUUUGGUUAGUUAAUUUUCAUUGGCAAGUAACAGAUAACACAUCAACUUGAAGAUGUAUUAUGCACCUUUUCCUGUAUCUGUUAUUAUGUUGCUCUUGUGGUGUAGAUUUUACCAGUCAAGCCAAUAUAUUCCUAGUGUUAACAGUACUGUGUGUAUAUGAUAUAUCCCUCAUUCCAUUAAUACCUAGCAAUAUAUUUUGAGUCUUCAUUUAGGAGUGUACAAGAGCUCAGUAACAUGAAUGGGUAGAUACAGGUCUGUGAACACCCAUGAGGAGUAGGUUAUCGAUUAUAUUGUCAUUUGUAACCAUGCCAGGUUUAGGUUAUUUGUCUGAAAAUUAUUCGUGUGAUGUUUAUACUAUUGUAUUUGGUUAGUUAAUUUUCAUUAGCAAAUAGUAGAUAACAUGUUAACUUAAAGAUGUAUUAUACACCUUUUCAUGUACGUAUUAUUAUGUUGCUCUUAUUGUGCAGAUUUUACCAGUCAAGCCUAUAUAUUCCCAGUGUUAACAGUACUGUGUAUAUGAUAUAUCCUUCAUUCCAUUAAUACUUAGCAAUAUAUUUUAAGUCUACAUUUAGGAGGGUACUUGAGCUCAGUAACAUGGGUAGAUACAGGUCUGUGAACACCCGUGAAGAAUAGGUUUUCGAUUAUUUUGUCAUUUGUAACCAUGCCAGCUUUAGGUUAUUUUUACCUUUAUAGGAAAACAACUUGCUGAUCCCUUUAAGUAGAUGAUCAAAUUCUUUUUAGAAUUGUGUUUGUUAGAUUUUGUUGAAAAACAGAAUUGAUAAGGAAUGUAAGCUGAAACCCAGUAGCAUGAUGUUCAUGAUUUUUGCAUUUGUUCAUGUGAUUAACAAUGAAUGUGGGUUUGAGGAUAAACAAUAAGCUUAGGGGGGAAAUUUUAGUAGAUGAAAAUAUAUUCAUACACUAUUACUGUGUUGGUAGGAAAACCCAAGGUUAUUGCCAUAUCUUCCAGAGAUUUCUCUGUAAAUCAUUGGGAGGAUUUUUCUUUACCUAGUAUGUAUUUUUUAGGUUUUUAGGUUUUUAACCUAUGUAACCAGACAGUGUAGAAGAAUUAUACCAUUUAGUCCCCUUACCCAUUAACCCUCAGAAUCUACAUCAGCCCCAUCAUAUACUUGAGUAGAUAGCAUGUGUGUGUAUUUUCAAAAUGCUAGUGUAAUGAGUGUGAAAUAGCUACUUUUCUUAUUUUUACAUUUGGAAAUGUGUUCUCUCUCUCUCUCUCUCUCUCUCUCUCUCUCUCUCAUGUGGCCUAAUAUUUCAAGUUCUAAUUGCUCAUGUUGUUACCAAAAACAAAUACCGUAACCAAAUAUCAACCUGAAUGAUCUAAACUUUUAUAUGUUGUACGUACAGUGAUUUUAGCAACCGCAAAUUGCGGACAUAUUUGAUAUUACCCCAUGAUAUUAAGACUCCAAAACUAUAAUAGACAAAUGUCUGUUGUCAUUCCUCUUUUUUAUUAUUCGUUGUUAGCAGUGCCUAGGCAUCAUUCAACUGUUACAGUUAAUCUCCCAUGUUUGAAGUUUGAAAUGUUUAAAACAUGAGGCUUGUGUAAGUUUGUCAAUGGAUCUACAGUAUUUUAGUUUUUUUUUCAAGAAUUUUAUCACAACUUUCUCCAGUUGACAUGUAGAAUGCUACAUUAUCUUAGACAUUUUUUUCAAUACAAAAUAUGUUAUUUUCCUAGGAGUUUGAUUAGGGGCAAGUUAGUGCUUAUAUAGUAUUAACUAACAUGUAUGGUAACUUUAACCAUAUGUAAUGUACAGUGAUGAUAACUAACCUUUGGAGGUAUGGUUGGCUACUAAAAUUCUGAUAGUAGUUUUUGCAUUCAAAACAUUUUCUGCAAUUUCAGUGUCAUACUGUAAUGCAGAAUCUCAAGGUUUUCAUGUCCUUGUGGACUAUACUUUGAUUACUUAGGUAUUGUUAGGCUCUCACUUUUAUGAUGGAUUAGACUAUUUUCCAAAAAGCAAAUGUGAUAGGCGGUGCUUAUGGUGAAUAACAGUGCCUUGCCUAAAUUUGCGUUUAUCAUGCCAUUAGUAAUGAAAAAUUGAUAAUGGUAUGUGGAGUUUGCAGUUUUGAGAAGUGUUAUAGUACGUACUGUGUUCUACACAUUGUAAAUUAUUUUGUUGAAUUAUGAUAAAAAUUAAAUUUAAUUAGUUUAUUUUAUAUUAAAUGAAAAUUGAUUAAUUUUUUCACCCAUUUCCAGUUACCAUUAUGUAAAUACAGUGGGGCCCCUGUAUUCGCGUUCUCCGGAUUCGUAGACUCACAGAUUCGCGGAUUUCUCUCUGGACCAUAUCUACUCAUUAUUCGUGGGAAUUUGCCUAUUCGUGAUAUUUUUGUAUGGAAAAUAUCCACAAAUUCUUGGACUUUUUAAUCAAUUUCAUCAUAAAAUGCACUUUUGUGAUAAAAAUGUUAAAAAAACCAGGUAUGAAAAUGUUUAGUGGGUUUUUCUCGAGUUUUACCUACCAAAAUAGGCUGUUUUCAGUCUUUUUUUUUUUAUAGGGGUUCCAACUAUUCGCGGAUUCUAAACAUUUGGGGGGGUGGGGUCUGGCACAGACCCCCCAUGAAUACAGGGGGGGGGACCACUGUAUUUCUAAAUCGUAUAAGAUGAAAUGAAAAUUGACUCAAUUUGUACUACUCCUAAAUCAUGCGAGAUUAUGAAAUUAAAUUCAAUUACUUUAUUUUAUAUUAAAUGAAAAUUUAGUAAUUGUCUCAUAUAUGCAAUUAUCAUUAUUUCUACUUCAAAUGAGAUUAGACAGAUUUUUUUUAAGCUUUGCAGUAAAUGUAUGUUAAUGCAGCAUGAAUAUUUUAAAGGUAAAUUACUAAGUUCAGGUACUUAUCCAAUACCUAAGGUAAGGUACAUAUUUAUUAUGUUACCACAAUAUAGUAAAAUAAGUGCUUAGUAGGGUACAGUAUUCUUUACUUCACAGUGUUUGUGGCCUAUUUUCCAUUUGACUUGAUCCAUAGGAAUUUUUUUCUUAUCAGGUAUUAGAGUAUUAAAGUCUAGAUUAGUAGUUUUAAUAUAAGAGAGCUAACAUAGAAUAUUUUCUCAUCCAUUUAUUGACAAUGCAGAUUAGCUCUCAUAAACUCAUCUGCAGUAAUUCAUAAAAUUAGAGUAGUAGUCAUUUUUAUUCUCUACCGUUUUGCACUUUCAAGCACCAUAUUGAUCUUGAGGUUUUAAAAUUGUUCUUUGCUUUGUUCCCUUGAUGAAAAAUAAAAGACAAGAAAAAAUGGAAAUACUAUUUUUCAUAUAGGAUACUAACCAGGUACAAUCCUUAGCCAAUCUUGCAAAAGAAAUGUUUAAUUUUGUUUCCAUACCAUAUGAGAGAUUCAUAUUUUAGUGUAACAUUAUUGCUUAUAGUUUCUAGUGAUAUUUCACCGUCACCUUAUUCAUUCAUGCCAUUUUGAAAUUCAUUUAAUAAAAAUGAAUUGGAAUGUUGACUUUGAUGUUUACUAAACAAGCUUAAUUUAUGUGUAAGGUUUUUGCAUUUGUAUGAGUAUAGCCAAGCCACUGCAAACUCUUGUAGCUGUGACGAUAAAUGUCAGAUCCAUAUAGUACUGUACUAGUAUCUCAGCAGAAUAAUUUCAGGUGCAUUUAUAUUGCUUAAAUUUCUUAGAAGCCAGGAAAAGUCGAGCAUGUGCACAUUUUUUGUAGAUGUAAUGGACACUAUGUGAUUAUAUGGCCCUUGAGAUGUACAAUACAUACCUAUCGAACAUGUGAAUAGCAUUAAUGUGUCCGUUGAACAAAACUUCUUCAGCUAUUUUUUUCGGCAAUAAGACAUAUUAUUGCAGUGUCAAUUUCAAUACAGUGGUAUUGAAAGUAAUCAUACCAAAGUAGAAUUUAUCCACAAAGGAAAUUUUUUGCCAAUUUUAUUCUGAAUUACUGUUAAUUUUUCCCUAAACUUUGGUGAUAAUUGUACCCUCAUAAACAAUUUUUUCAUUGGACUAAAAAGUAGACGUGGUUUGCUUAACUGAUAAUGUACUAAAAAGGUGGAAGGAAGUCAUUAAAAAUGUAAAGCAGUCUUAAAGGAUUAGUAAGCAUUUUACUUGUAAGAAAAAAUUACUAUUAUUCCCAAUGAUUUUAAGUACAGUACGGUCCCCAAUUAUGCGAGAACUUGGUUGAUCCACGGCCUCGCAGAAUUGGAAAUUUGCAGAUUUUGAAACAUACCGUAUGGGAAAGUUCCAUUAGGGUCGGUGCAAACAGCAACUUACCCAGUCAAACUUUUUUAUACUACCUAUUUUCAAUACUUUCUAUGUACUAUACUGUAAUUUUUUCUAAUAUGGAAUUGUUCUUAUGGAUAAAUAAGAUAUUAAAAAGGUUUUGAUAACUUGAAAAAUUUUAAAAUUACACACAGGAAGGUGAAAACUCCCAUACGUAAACAAUUGCACCAUUGGGUGCAAGUGUACUGAACGAUACAGUCAUUUCCUUUAAAAAACAUUUUGGAUGGAAUUUCCUCUACUUAUCCUCUGCCAAGAAACCAAACUCCUGUAUCUCAUCCUCCAUGAAGGGUUCUUCUGCUAAAGGAAGGCUUUGUGAACCAUUUGAGGUUUCGGGGACUAGUGGAUCAUGCGUGUCUUCACUAGAAGCGCCUGUCAGUUUUUUUGUCCGGCACAGUCACUAUGUAAUCGUUUUCAUAUGAAUUUAUUCUGCAAUAAAAAAGAACUGAUGAUAAUUCAAAAUUUGAUAUGAAAUUACAAUUUCUUAAAAAGAAAUGAUAAAAAAAAUUCAACAUGACAUGACAGUUUCUUGAAAAGUUUAGAUCGAAUGACUCUCUCUCUCUCUCUCUCUCUCUCUCUCUCUCUCUCUCUCUCUCUCUCUCUCUCUCUCUCUCUCUCUCUCU